AGAUUUUUUUUGGAAAUGACCUGUCCUCUGUCUGUUAGACAUGAUAUUAAUUGAUGACCCUGAUCAUGGUGUGACAUCACAAGUUAAUCACACUUACAGUGGCCUUUCCAGUAUCUCUGAAAUGGACUCUGUAAAGUACAAAAUGUCUCUACCUAGUGGUUUGACAUGAACACAAGAGACAAUUAAAUCAUGAAAUUAAGCAUUAGCAGUUACAUUACAUUUCAUUUAGCUUUCAUCCAAAGUGACUUACAAUGGAAUUGAGUACAAUCAGCCAGGUGUGGAAAUGUGACAACACUGACUAAAUAACACUAAUUAUUUUUUUGGCAUGUUUCAUGUCACUACUUCAGUUAUAUGAUUCAAAUAUAUUGCUCUUAGUGUAGAAAAUACACUAAUAUAAUUAUUAACAGCUGUGUGGUUUGUUGAUUAUGAUGUAUCGAUUUGAAACAAUGCGUGUUAAUAUUAUCAUAAAAGGAACACCUAGUGUAUUUAUUAUACAAUACAGUGCUUUGUGGGUGAUACAUUUUUUUGUUUGCAUAUUUUUCAUAUAUUAAUGCGUUUUUUUUCUGCCCUACUUUAAAAAAAAAAAACGGAAAAAAAACUUGUUUAUAAUAGUGAAAGUUACGACAGCACGUGAAGGCGUCGUAGCUUCACACUCGGAGCUGCAGUGAACAGACGCACAGCUGACUUUAACAUGGACGUUAACGAGAGGAGAAGCUCACUGCGAAGCGACGGAAACUAUUAAGUUUACAUUAUACGCCUGUUUAUUUUUUCUUUAUUGAAUUCUCACUGACAGUCAGUCAGAAGAAGAAUGGCAAUCAAGAAGACGAGUCAUGUGAUUGCAGGACUGCUCAUCGUUUUCCACUUUCAAAUAAGCUCCAUGAUGAAGCUCAAACCUGCCAGUGGACUUGACCACAGUGACCUGCAGGAGCGAGGGCUGCAUGGAAACACGGAGAGUCCCGAGUCCAGCGAGAGGAGGUCGCCGUCCAGGCCCAGGACUGUGGCUCCUGAGUGGUCUGCUGAUAAGAGGAACCACUACAGAGACCAGCACCAACCAGAGGAGUCAGACCUCGACCUGAUGAUGGAAGAAGGACAUGACAAUUCUACUCAGAUAGUGGACACUGAUCACGCCUACUACACAUCUAAAAUCUACGGCCCCGGAGACGCAGCUGGUAAAGAGCUGUGGGUGAACGUCGAUGAGAUGGAGGAGGACGAGUGGAAGGUCCGCGGCUUCCUGUCCAGCACCCACAGACAGGCCGAGCGAGUGAAUCUUUCCUUUGACUUUCCUUUCUACGGACAUAUUCUGAAAGAAAUCACAGUGACAAGCGGAGGUUUCAUUUACACAGGAGAGAUCAUCCACCGGCUGCUCACAGCGACUCAGUACAUCGCUCCUCUGAUGGCAAACUUUGACCCGAGCCUUUCCAAAAACUCUACUGUGUUUUACUUUGAUAAUGGAACUGCACUGGUGGUUCAGUGGAACCGCGUUCCCCUCCAGGACGUCAGUUUGGGGACGUUCACCUUCCAGGCCGUUCUCCACAGUGACGGACGGAUCGUCUUUGCAUACAAAGAGAUUCCGAUCGACAUCAGCGACAUCGGCGACAUCGGCACUGACGAUCACCCUGUCAAAGUGGGCUUAUCGGAUGCUUUUGUCGUGCUUCAUGAGAUAGAGCAGAUUCCCAAUGUUAGGAGGAGAACCAUCUAUGAGUAUCACAAAGUUGACAUCCUCAAGUCCAAAAUCUCCAACUCUACAUGUGUGGAGAUUAUACCACUCCCUACGUGUCUCCAGUUCUCCAGCUGUGGUCCGUGCGUCACGUCUCUGAUUGGCUUUAACUGCAGCUGGUGCAGUCGACUGCGAAGAUGCUCCAGUGGCUUUGAUCGUAACAGGCAGGACUGGGUCGACCUCGGCUGUCCAGAGGAGAGACGGGAUCCCCGGUGCCUCCGCAGUCCUGACGUCACAAACGGCACGUCUCGCCACGAGUUUCACACUCCCGUCACAGAGACUCCUGUGCAGCGGAGGAUUUCCAGUGUCACCUCCAACCCCCUGAGCACGACAUCCAUCACCACCGACCCCUCAACACCCAGCAGCACGUUAGCUCCACAGCCUUCAACCAGCAAACCCACAGACGACGAUGGAAAGAUCUUGUUCCACAUCAAUGAAGCACCAGGACACGUCAAUAACACGGGACCGAGUGAAGAGCGGCUGCAGAUCGGCCUCCUCGCGGGUAUCGUUGUGACGAUGGUCGUCAUGGCAGCGGUCGUCUUCUCAUCCUUUUACAUAUACAACCAUCCAACAUCCAGCGUCAGCCUCUUCCUCAUGGAGCGACGACCAACGCGCUGGCCAAUCAUGAAGUUCCGGCGUGGUUCUGGUCGGCCCUCGUACGCAGAAGUGGAAGCUCCCAGUCAGGACAAAGACGGCAACGUGGUCAUUGACCCUAAACAGUCUUUCGUCAUGUCGGACAGAAGAGAGAGCGAGCAGAAAGAAGGAUUCAUAGUCCCCGAUCAGAAGGAAUGCUUCCUGAUCUCUGACAGUUCCUGA